CCGUGCAACUGAAUGUCUGAAAAUUGCAGAGCAGGUUCUGUGACAAGUAAUAUUAGAAACCCCAAGGAUUUUCAUUUUUGGGACUCUCUUGCUCCAACCAAUUCCCCAUAUCCUCUCUAAACAGAGAGACAGAUACCCAACUAACCCACAACCUCAUUCUAUAUUCAUCGUCCUGUUAGCAUCAGUACAUCAAAAACCCUAACCUUUUCUCGUUACUUUUCAAAACCCACAGUACCCUUGUUUACCUCGCUAGCUGCCCUCUCUUCAAUUCUCUUCUCUUCUCAUCUCUUCCCUUCCCUUCCCUUCCUUUGAUAAUAUGAACCUUGAAGAGAAAGUUGGGAUGGACUUGGUUCCACAAUCCGAGCAUCUUUGCUAUGUCCGUUGCAACUUCUGCAACACUGUUCUUGCGGUUGGGAUCCCAUGCAAAAGGUUGCUGGACACUGUGACAGUGAAAUGCGGUCACUGCAGUAACCUCUCCUUUCUCAGCACCAGACCUCCACUGCAAGGUCAAUGCCUCGAUCCCCAAACCAGCCUCAGUCUCCAGGAGAAGCAGAGUUUCUGCAGUGAUUUCAGGAAGGUUCAGUCUCCAUCUCCAUCCUCAUCAACAUCAAGCGAGCCAUCCUCCCCCAAGGCACCGUUUGUUGUAAAACCUCCUGAGAAGAAACACAGGCUCCCAUCUGCUUACAAUCGGUUCAUGAAGGAGGAGAUACAGCGCAUUAAAGCAGCAAAUCCUGAGAUUCCACAUCGAGAAGCCUUCAGCGCAGCAGCUAAAAAUUGGGCUAGGUACAUUCCAAAUUCCCCAGCAGCACCAGUUUCCGGGAGCCGCAACAAUGAAUGAAGCACUGGGUGCAUGAACGUUGCAACAAAGAAAGCUGAGAGAUCAGGGCAGGAGAUAUGGAGAUAGAGCCUGGUUCACUGCUACCAAAAUUUAAGACAUAGUAGGAUUUUAACGUUAACUUUGAUCUCUCAAACUUUCCUUAAUUAUCAUCUAAUGUCUCGUGUUGAUGUUAGGGUAUUGGUCUUUUAGUGAACACAACUAUCCUAGAGUCUCACCUUUCUAUUAUUAUUAUUAUUAUUAUUAUUAUUAUUAUUAUUAUUAAUCUUGUUUCUAUGCUUGCUAAUUAUAGU